AUGUCAGAACAACAUAACGUUCCUCUUUCACCGCAUAUUUCUUCUCCUCAAGUACUACCUCGGGAAGAUUCAUCCCCUACAAUUGAGCUUACCUCCACUGAUAUUGCGGAAACUGAUCAAGUUAUUAUUACUUCAACCAAGGAAGUACCUAUUCUUGUCGAAUCUAUUACGGAAAAAAAUUUAUUAUUACCCCCUCUCCCUUCCAAUCAACCUUCCUGUGAUGAUAAUUAUCCUCCUCGUCAACUACUACCAAGUGAUAAUAAUAACAACAGCAGUGAUGUUAGUGGUGUUAAACAUGGAAAAGGAUGGCAAUCACAAAAACGUUGUACAUAUCCACAAGAAAUCAUAUUACGAGUAACUUGUGGUCCAGCCCGUGUCCGUAGGUUACAAAUAUUAUCACAUCAUUAUAAGAUUGCUUCAAGAUUAGAAAUAUAUAUAGGUUCAAUACAGAGAAGAAAAGAAGUAAUACCAACUAAUGCUAGUGGUAGUAAUACUGAUGAAAAAAGGACUUUUUCUUGGGAAAAAUUACCAAAAAUUAUUGAUAAUGAUGGAAUAAGUUCUGAUGAUGGUGAAACUGAAGAUGAUGAUUAUGUAAAAGAUGAUUAUGAUCUUAUAAAAACAAAUGGUGAACCUUAUAUACAUUUCCGCCGAUUAGGAUAUUGUGCUCUCGACAGUAAUGAACGAGCUAAGUACAAAGCCCGAGAAUUAAAAUCGGUAAAGCUUGACACCGAAGGUGAAUACAUCAGAUUGGUCGCUCGAAGUUGUCAUGAUAAUCUAUUAAAUCAAUAUAAUCAAGUCGGUAUUGUAGCUAUAACCGUUAUGGGUGCACCGGUUGAUUACUUACUCGCUGGCGAAAGUCAAAAGAUUCCAAUAGAACAUGUUGACGAAGGUCUGUCACGUGUAGCUUCGCCCGAAAUUUGUAUCCUACCUGUCGUUCAAGAUGACUCAUUGAUCGGCAGUAAUCCAAACGAUCAUCAAAAUGAUCAUCAAAAUUUCACCUCUUUAUAUUCCAUUCUUCCCAAUUCUUCAUCAGCAAACAUCAAGGAUAUGCCGCCUGUAAGUCCGUCCUCUUCAAACAAUUUCUUGUUGAACGCUAAAGCAACUGCGGGGUUGCUUUCCGCUUUUGAAAGAGCGAAACAAAAAGCUGUCAAAGAGGAAGAUUUCCGUUUGGCCAAAGUGUUAAAAUAUGCAAUUGAACUAAUAAAAAAGUCAGCAGAGGAUGUUAUUAGACUUGACUUACUAAAAAAGCGUGCUAUUGGCGAAGAAGAUUUUGAUAAUGCUGACAAGUACAAGCGUGAAAUCGAAGCUAUUAAAACGUACAUAUGUAACUAUUUAGAAGAAGAAGGUCUAGAGCUUGAUGAGUCAGGAGAGGUAAUUGCACUAGAUGCAAAUCCUGAAUUGGCAGACAUAAUCGGAUUAGCUGAUGAUGCUUCUGAGAAUGGUCGUAAACCUUACAAUGAAUAUGUCCCUUAUAUACCUGGUGUACCUGGUGUACCCGGUGUACCUUCCGGAGGUGUUUAUCAAGAAAAACAUCAUGUCCCUGUCGGUUAUAUAGAUGUUCCACAACGUCAAAAAAGUCGUUCAAGCAGUAAUUCUUCAAUGACUAGAAUGUCUAAUUCUAGUGUUGUUCAUCCACCACCAACUUUACAUAUUCCGAUAAAUCAAAUAGAUAGUAGUAGUUCUUUUCCAAUUGAUAGGCCUCAUCAUCCUGAACCUGUAACACCUACUACGCCAACUACACCAACGAUUGAUCCAAUUCAAUGGGAACCUUCUUCUGUUGAUGAUCGUCCUUUACCUGCUUUGUCUAAGGAUAAUCAUGAAGCAAUACCUACAUCACCUUUAAAUGACCCUAAUGAAAAUCAACCUGAAGAACUUUCUGAUUUAGCACGUUCUGCAUUUGAUUAUUCAAUACAACAUUUUGGAGAAUUUGAUGUUGCAUGUCUUUUAUCAAAAAAGUUUCCUUUACGUGAAUCUGCUUUAGCUAAUAUUACAAAAAGAAUCGAUAUAGAUCUUGAUGGUAAAGAAGUUGAAGGAAUUGAUAAAGUCGGACUAACAAAAGCAACAUUCCAAAUCAUACAAGAAGCUUUAGAUGAUAAUCCUGAGAAACUUACUUUACAAGCAUUAAAUCUUUGGGAAGUGCUUACAAAAUUUUGUGUUCAUCAUCAAAUACCAACAUCAUCUACAUGGAAAUCAGUUGACAAAAACUAUUCACAAUUAUUUGGAAAAAUAUCAGAUUCAAAUUCACGUAUAAAACAAAGUGCAAUAAAUUUAUUUAUCUUACUUGCAAAAACAUAUAAUGGUCCUAUUCAUUCAAUGACAUCCUUGGUUCUUAAACCUGCUAAAUUUAAUAAUCAACCGGCAAAACAUUCAAAAGCUAAAGUAGAACUUGUAACGCGAUUAGUAGAAGAAUUUGGUAUCGCGUUAGACCCUCCAAAAGGAAAAUCCGAUAAAGAUCUUGGAUUGAAUCUUGAGUCUGUCAUGCAAGUCUCCGUAUCUUACUUGAAUAAUAAUAAUGGCGAAGUUCGUGAUUCCGCCGUAAAAUUAGUAGUUGAAGUUGUUAAACGUGCUGGUCGAGAAAAAGUUGAACCUUUCAUUAGUGAUAUAAAACCAAUACUUUUAGAAAAUAUUUGGAGUUUGGUUACUGAAUAUGAAGAAACUACUGGAAGAACAGCAGGUCAAGUUCCUUCUCCUCCUCCAUCUCCUAAGGUCGUUGCGGAAAAAGAAAAGCAAGAAAUUAAAGAUCUUGUAGUGGAUGAAGAAUUGUUAAAGAUUCCACUAGCUAAACGUGGAACAGUCACACGACUUGAACAAGAAUUAAUGGAAUUAAAAUCAAGAAUUAACAAUACGAAUAAUUUUAUCAGGGAUGAUUAUAAUAAAUACAUUGCAAAUUCGUCCAAAAAACAUCAGGAACCUGAAGAAGAGGUUCUAGAGUUAACUGAACAAGAGUUAAGAGAAUUAGAAGAAUUAGAAGCAGAGGAAGAGUCAUUACGGAAAAAAGAAAAUAUUGAAAAUGUCCCUGAUAAUUCCGAAGUUCCUCCAAAAGAUAAACCAUCCACAAAAAGUCCAGCAAAAACUGGAAACAAAACUGCACCUGCUCCUGGAAAACAAAGUGCAAAAAGAUCAAAAAAUGAUACUGUACCACCAAAAAAGAAUUUAAAAAGUACACCUAAACCUGUUUCAUCUCGACGUGAACCAACAACUGAAGAAAAAAAGCCUCCAAGGAAAAGCUCUUCUAAAUCCACUGAUGCUACUUUAUGUGAAGAACCUGAAGAAAUGACCCCAGCCGAAGGAUCAAAGGGUGACAGAGUUUGCAUCUUUUGUGAUGUGUACAACGAAAGUUUCACAGAAGAAAAUUUAGUGAAUCAUUAUUGGACUGAAUGUCCGAUCCUUGAAAUUUCUACUCUCGAUGAGCAUAUGUUAAAAGAUUGUGAUAAAUGCAAAUUUGUUAAACAAUGUCCUACCUGUCGUGAAGUCAUUAAUGCUGAUGAUUAUCUAGCACAUGUCAACAGACAAACUUGCUUGCCUAUCAGAGAUGAUAUUAUUCGUUGUCCACUUUGUAAAACAGUAAUUAAACCAGCGAACGAAGAAGGUUGGAAAUCACAUUUAUUAAAUUCUAAUGGAUGUCCAAAGAAUUGUAGAAAGGCAAACUGUAAGCCUGAUGUUCCUUCAACAGAAAAUGCAGCUCCUAGUGGUAAAAAACAAACUGUGAAAAAAUCUACUGAAGUUGGUUCCAAAUCAUCUGUAGCUUCUAAAGCUCCUAGUAAAAGUAAAGUUACAACGUCUAGUGGUAGUAGUAAAGACAAAUUAAAGAAAUCCGCAACAAAACCUUCAAAAAUCAGAAAGUAA